AUGGAUGCGAGAAGGCCUGCCUCUGUCUCUGAAAAAGCAGAGGUUGAGAAGAUUCAGGAUGUGGCAGCAGCACAUACCCUGGGGGAGUUGGGACUAGGAACGGGGUCUGAUCCUGCCAUUGGAUCGUUUGUCGACAUUGAUGAGAAGAAGGUCUUGCGCAAGAUGGACAUCCGAUUAAUCCCAAUGCUGGCGGCUCUCUACCUUCUCUCGUUUCUCGAUCGGGGAAACAUUGGCAAUGCGAAAAUUGAGGGGCUUCAGGAGGACCUCCACAUGACGCCGGAGCAGUACAAUUGGUGCCUCACCGUCUUCUUCUUCACAUAUGCGGCAUUUGAGGUUCCUAGCAAUCUGCUUCUCAAAAAGCUGCGCCCCAGCCGCUGGUUGCCAUUGAUCAUGGUCUGUUGGGGUCUUGUCAUGACACUCAUGGGCAUCGUCCAGAGCUUCCACGGCUUACUUGUGGCCCGCUUGUUCCUGGGAGUGACUGAGGCCGGCUUGUUUCCUGGUGUAGCCUACUAUCUCACAAUGUGGUACUGCCGGCACGAAAUCCAGCUUCGACAAGCCCUAUUCUUCUCCGCCGCCUCAGUCGCUGGAGCCUUCAGCGGCCUCCUCGCGUUCGGCAUCAGCAAAAUGGACGGCAUCGGAGGCCUUGCGGGCUGGCGCUGGAUCUUCAUCCUCGAAGGAAUCGCAACUGUGCUCGUCGCGGCCCUUGCAUUCUUCUGGCUGCAUGAUUUCCCCGAGACAGCCAAGUUCCUCACCGAGGAGGAACGUGCGUUUGUCGUCCAUCGGCUAAAGUACCAAGGUCAAGUCCAGACCUCGGCCGACGGGGAGACUGAGCAAGCUCAGGUUGCACAGGCGGAAGAGUUUGAAUGGAAAUACGUUCGUCAAGCCUUUACUGACUGGCAAGUCUGGGUCAAUCUCUUCGUAUACUGGAGUGUCGUCUGUCCCCUCUAUGGCAUCUCCCUCUUCCUCCCAACAAUUAUCAAAUCUCUCAACUACACAUCGAGCACCGCUCAACUAAUGACGGUACCUAUCUACGUUGUUGCCGCUAUUCUUGCCGUUAUCAGUGCCUACUUCUCUGAUAAAGUCGGGAAGCGAAGCCCAUUCAUCAUUGGCUUCCUACUGAUGAUGAUAGUCGGCUUCUCCAUGUGCAUCGCUUCUUCCAACCCCAAGGUCGUCUACGGCGGAAUCUUCAUCGCCGCGUGUGCCAUCUACCCAGCCUUUCCCGGCGUCAUCACAUGGCUAUGCAACAACUUGUCAGGGAGCUACAAGCGCAGCGCCGGAAUGGCACUUCAGAUUGGUGUUGGCAACCUGGGAGGCGCCAUGGCAUCCAACUUCUACCGUCAAGCGGACAGCCCGCGAUACAUCCUGGGCCACGGCUUGGAGCUGGGCUUCAUCUGCAUGGGCAUCAUCGCCAGCCUCGUCUUGAUAUUCAGCUACUACAGGGUCAACAAGAGGCGAGCCCAGAGGAUGGCCGAUGGAGAGCUGGCAAAUUUCACGACACAGGAGCUGUCAGCCCAGGGAGAUCGAGCCAUAACCUUCCGUUACAUGUUCUAAUGUCUCAAUGGCAGACG